AUGUCGCCAGCUCGCCCUCUUGGCCGUCGAUGGCAGGCCGCUAGCAGCUGUGGCAGCACCAGGAAGACUCGCGCGCCUCCACCUCUCCCUCCCAUCCCUUUAUCCCUCUCGCCACCUCCCCCGCCUGCCUAUUCCAGUCAACUCGGGCUCUCUGGUGCAUCUCUUCCCACACCCGCCCCCCACGGCCCACCGUCGGCCGGCACAGAGAUGUGCUGCCCACAGCCGCCAGCCAUCGCGGUGGAUCUCAGACUGCAUCUCCCACUCGCACUCCGAUCUCCUUGCCGUGGCACCAGCACCAUUCCUAUUCCGGAACAAUCAUUUCUCGAUCGCCCUCUAUCUGGGCCACCUUUACAGCCUCCGCAUUUAUUGUUCUGUCACGCAUCACGCCGGCUGCCUUAUCCAGGCGGAUCACGGCUGCUUCCGACCGACCUGCCCAAUCGCACCGUAUCCCGUGAUGACCCGCCUGCCUAUUACGUCACGCGGUCGACCGUGAUGAUUUGGUCCGCCCCCCUGGUGCAGGGCGCACCGCGGCGGCGAGACUCAGUGAAGUGGCACUCGGAGCCGAGCCUGGAAUACCGCACAGAUAGUGAAGAGUGGAAGAUGAUCGUCAUACCGACACCCAGUCCCAGUCGGCCGCCCCAUCCAAUUCCGUCCUCUCCACUCCGGACGUUUAACACACGUUCCUCUCCCCCGGAGCCAGCUCAACCGUUGUCCACCUUCACCUUCGAGCGUCCGUCUCUCAUCGAUAACAUCGUGGGCAUACGAUAG